CACUGGUGGGCAGCACUGGUGGGUGGGCACAGGUGGGUGGCACUGGUGGGCACAGGUGGGUGGCACUGCUGGGCACAGGUAGGUGGCACUUCUGGGCACAGGUGUGUGACAUUGCAGAGUGGCACAGGUGGGUGCACUGCUGGGCACAGGUGGGUGCACUGCUGGGCACAAGUGGGCGGAACGUGCGGGUGGCACUGCUGGGCACCGAUCAUCAGGGCACUGAUCAUCAGUGCCCUGAUGAUCGGUGCCGAUCCCCGCUGUGACAACUGCCGGUUCUCGGCAGUACUUUCCUCACGAUCUGACAGCGUGAGGAAAGUGCAGCCGAGAACCGGCACUUGC